AAAUCGGCCAUUUCGUCGGUGUAGGCCAUCAGCCGCAGAGGGUAGUGGGGAUAUACCGAGCGUACUGGUUACCUGAAAGGCACAUCAAGAACAUCGCACCAUGAGUGAAACAGCUAUUUCAUUCGCCAAGGAUUUCUUGGCGGGCGGCAUCUCCGCUGCCAUCUCCAAAACAGCCGUCGCCCCAAUCGAGAGAGUGAAGCUUCUCCUUCAGGUCCAGCAUGCCAGUAAGCAGAUCACCGCCGACAAGCAGUACAAGGGUAUCAUGGACUGCGUUGUCCGUAUCCCCAGGGAACAGGGAUUCCUUUCCUUCUGGAGAGGUAACCUUGCCAAUGUCAUCAGAUAUUUCCCUACCCAGGCCCUCAACUUCGCCUUCAAGGACAAGUACAAGAAGAUCUUCCUUGAUGGCGUUGACAAGCGCACCCAGUUCUGGAGGUACUUCGCCGGUAACCUGGCCUCUGGUGGUGCCGCCGGAGCCACCUCUCUCUGCUUCGUGUACCCCCUCGACUUCGCCCGUACCCGUCUGGCAGCUGAUGUGGGAAAGGCUGGAGCCGGAAGAGAGUUCAACGGUCUCGGUGACUGCCUGGUGAAGAUCUCCAAGUCCGAUGGCAUCAGAGGCUUGUACCAGGGCUUCAAUGUAUCUGUGCAGGGCAUCAUUAUCUACAGGGCUGCAUAUUUUGGCAUCUAUGACACAGCCAAGGGUAUGCUUCCAGACCCCAAGAACACCCACAUAUUGGUGAGCUGGAUGAUUGCUCAGACUGUGACAGCCGUUGCUGGCCUGACCUCAUACCCCUUCGAUACUGUCCGUAGACGUAUGAUGAUGCAGUCCGGACGCAAAGGAGCUGACAUCAUGUACAGCGGGACCAUUGACUGCUGGCGCAAGAUCGCACGCGAUGAGGGCGGCAAGGCUUUCUUCAAGGGAGCCUGGUCCAACGUGCUCAGAGGCAUGGGAGGCGCCUUCGUGCUGGUGUUGUACGAUGAGCUGAAGAAAGUCAUCUAAAUUCUUCAUGUUGUCACAUCACUGUCCAAUUCGGCUAAAUGUAUUAACUUUCCAAUUCUAUGGACUCUGCAUUCUGCCUUAUUUAUGGGAACAAACUAGUGUCUCACCAAUAGCUGUGGGCGAUGGCUGUACGUUGUGCAUCUUUAUGAUUUUAAACGUUCCACACCCUCUUUACCAAUGUCAUUCCUGUUAAAGAAAUCUGAUACCUCCUCCUGUCAUUCACUAGGUUUGUAUGGUCCCAACUUGAAUAAAUUUAUUCUGGGGAACAACUAAACAAUUGAUGUUAACUGUCUCCUCCACUGUCAUAGCAUGAGAUGAACACUCACUGGAUAAUGAAAUGCACGAAGUGGAUUACACCCAACUGCUAUAUUUACUCACGCUUAUCUCUCCCUGAGCCUUCCUGGUUUGACCGUGGUCACUUCUAGGAUUGUAGAGUAGAACGCUUGAGUGUCAGCUCCUUGCACAAUGGCGUGACACGCCACUUAGGAAGUCAGUUGUUUUAUUUAUGCUGGUUAAGCUCUAUUACAGUUUUGUUUUUAGAAUACUCUAAACAGGAAAUCUAGAUUUCCUUUAGGACUGUAUUACUGAAAAGGCCGGGAGAAGCAGAUUAAGUAUUGGGAGAGUUUCAUUUGUAUGUUUCAGUGGCACGUAGGAACAUUUGCAUGAUAUAUAAAUAAAUAUUGCCCUAAAAUCUCACGACCCUGUCAAAUGCACCAGUCCCUCCAAUGCAAAUUCAACAUAAUAUAGUUCUAAUAGAUAAACUUCCAAAGAAAUCAGUUUUAUCUUUACUGUAAUUGGUGGAGUUUGGUUGCUGCCACAGUUGUCAGAUAUAAUCACAAGGUGUGGCAAGUGUUGGUGAGCAGUGAAGGUUUGGCUGGUGAAAUACUUCCUUCAUUAGUCAUAUCUACAACCAGUGAUAUAACCGCCUGAAGGGACUAGAC